UCCAUUUACACUCUGCUAGUAGAGAGGGCCCAGUCGCUGUGCCCCGUCGGCCAGACACUCCACACAAUUAGAUCCUCGGACUGCCGUUAAAAAGCACCUGAGAGCGGCGGCGGGGCCUCGGUGAAACUCCCUGACAGUCUCGGAGCGUUUUGGAGAGAAAGAAUGGCGGAUACGAGUAGCACUGCGGCGGUCGUGGCCGAAGGCUCCGACAGCGCCGCCGCUGCUGCUGCGCCUGUUGCGCCUGAUGCACCGCCCGUAGCUGCGGUACCCAGGCCUGGAUCCGAGUCCGUGAAGGGCCAGAUUUUUGAUGUGGGCCCCCGCUACACGAACCUGUCUUACAUCGGGGAGGGGGCUUACGGAAUGGUGUGUUCUGCUCUGGACAACUUGACAAGCCAGCGCGUAGCCAUCAAGAAAAUCAGCCCGUUUGAGCACCAGACGUACUGCCAGCGCACACUGAGGGAAAUCAAGAUCCUGCUGCGUUUCCACCACGAGAAUAUCAUCGGCAUCAACGACAUUAUCAGGGCAAAGCAGAUCGAGAACAUGAGGGAUGUCUACAUUGUGCAGACUCUGAUGGAGACGGACCUGUACAAGCUGCUGAAGAGCCAGAGGCUAAGCAACGACCACGUCUGCUACUUCCUCUACCAGAUCCUGCGAGGCCUCAAGUACAUUCACUCUGCCAACGUGUUGCACCGGGACCUCAAGCCCUCCAACCUGCUCAUCAACACCACCUGUGACCUCAAGAUCUGUGACUUUGGCCUGGCACGGAUAGCCGACCCAGAGCACGACCACACAGGGUUUUUGACCGAGUAUGUGGCCACACGUUGGUACAGGGCCCCAGAAAUCAUGCUCAACUCCAAGGGCUAUUCAAAGUCCAUUGACAUCUGGUCUGUGGGCUGCAUCCUGGCUGAGAUGUUGUCCAACAAACCCAUCUUCCCUGGGAAACACUACUUGGACCAGCUCAACCACAUACUGGGCGUUCUUGGCUCUCCAUCUCAAGAAGAUCUGAAUUGCAUCAUUAACUUGAAGGCAAGGAACUACUUGCAGUCCUUGCCUGAAAAACCCAAGAUCCCGUGGGAAAAGCUCUUCUACAAGGCAGACCCUAAAGCUCUCGAUCUGCUGGGCCGCAUGUUGACUUUUAACCCCAUCAAGCGUAUCACCGUCGAGGAGGCCCUGGCUCACCCUUACCUGGAGCAGUACUACGAUCCUACAGAUGAGCCUGUAGCAGAGGAGCCCUUCACUUUCACCAUGGAACUGGAUGAUCUUCCCAAAGAGAGGCUGAAGGAACUGAUCUUUGAGGAAACGGCCCGUUUCCAGGAAAACUACCAGCCGCCGGUCCGCUCCUGAGACACAGUCCAGAGGCGUGACAAAGCCGCACAGAGGCUUGGAACAACUUGCUAAAAACAAAAGAAAAAUGCAUCGUCAAGAAACCAACAAAAAGAUAAACCAAGAAAUACGAGCAUUAAACUGCUAAUCUUUCCAUUUCUACUGCAAAAGAGAGAGCUAAGUUUAAAUUUGAUUUCUGUGUUUGGGUGGGGUGGUAGGGUCUGUUGUACUGUUUCAGUUUUGUCCAUGUUGGACUUUUCUCUCCUCAUCUUUUCAUUUUUUUUUUCUCCUCCAUUUUAUGCCCCAUCUACAGGAACAUGCUGCCCCUUUCCUCUCCUCAUCAACCCUUUUCUUUUAUGUCACUGACCUGUUUGAGCUCUCCUGUUUUCUCCUUUCUCUGUAGCCUCUGCUCAUAUAUACACAUACUACUGUAUUAACCAACACCAUAACUUUCUUGUCUUGAUCCAUGUAAAUUACAACCUGGUAAAAUUGAGGGCUAAAAGAACGGGGCAUGCUAAUUGGGUAUGUGUAUGUACAUAUAAAAAUAUGUUUUUUUUUUUUUUUUUUUUUUUUUUUUUCUCUCUUAAAAAUUGUGCUUGUUGCAGUUUUUGUUUGUACACCAUUGUUUAAGGGUUUUUGGUUGACUUCAGUCAUAUCUGUAUGCUUUGGGGUUUAUACUUGCGAGUUAUUUUUGAACACUUGAUUUUGAGACAAACCAUUCAGUGUUUUUACUGGCAUGUUGGCAGGAUUUCCUUUAUCGCUCUUUUCUUAUAAAAGUGUAUGAUGUUCAUAUGAAUGCAUGCAUUCCUGAAAAUUUACCAAAGUGGCAGAGAGAUGCAAGGACCAUGGCUGGGGAGCAACAUAGGAGUAUCUGUUUCUGAAGCCUGCAUAAGCCUCCUAAGAGCAGGCAGACUUCUCCCUCUUUAUUUGUGGGUGGUCAGUUGUAUGCAGGAGGCGCUACAUGACUUGGGCAAAUUGGACUAAAUGAAAAAGAAUAAAAUAGUUUGUUGGUACAUGUUUGUGCAGUAAUAGCUGUCAUACCAAAGCCCCAUUUUCCAGAACCUGCACGGUGCUUUGUGCUGUGUCAAAAACAGUUUUGUUUUUGGUUUUUCCCUAAUGCUGCUUCCCAGCUGCACCCAAAUGAUCAUCACUCCAGGAGAAUUGCAGAUAAAACAUCAGGCACUGAGGGAGCGAAUGCACCUACCUGAGUCGAAACAAUUUCCUGUAUUAAAUGUAAAGCAUCAUCUCUAAAACACUCCAAUAUUUUAUUUUUUUUAAACUGCUCUCAAUCCUUAUUUUGCUAAAUCAUUUUAGUGAACACACAUUCUGGAAAACGGGGUCCGGUUGACAUCAACCAUUGUAUCCACAAAGCUGUUUUUGCACCCUGUUCCUGCUGCUGUUUGACCCAGGGCAUCUGUCGAUGAGGCCUAACUGAGAGCGAAGACACAAAUCUAGCCACAAAUGAAUAGAUAUUGCAAUUUCUGACAUCCCCUCAGCUUAAACCACAGAGGAGACAGAUUUCCACCUUAGUAAGUAGUAGUAAGCUUAUUAAAAAAGAAAUACUUUCUUUCACUAGUAAAACCUGCCACUAGUUGUGAGAGCUCUUUGGUUGGCUUCUUUUACAACCCCUGUCAAAACCAAUUCAUCGUCAGGAAAAUGGUCAAACCAAGGAAUGUCAGUGUGCUGUACAGUUAGCACCUGCUCAGUGCACAGCCAAGCACCCAUCAUCACUUGUGGUUGGACUGUAUAUAUUUCCAUUUGCUCCUUCCUUUGUCUGUACGUGUUUUCCCAGCUUUUUGUAUUGGAUGUUUCUUCUUCAGUGUGGGUGGCACUCACAUUUCUAGUUUCUCCAGAGAUGGCUACUCAUGUUUCUUUAGCUGUGUCUAUUGAUUGUGGUGUCUGCUUCCUCCUCUCUUUGCUCUGGAUGUGACUGUACUAACUGCUGCGUGGUGGAUCCUGUACCUGGGACCGAUAUGGGAUUUCCCCCUCAGAAAAGGACCAAUACAUGCACUGGGCCAUGCCUCUCAUGGCAGACGCUAACAGAUGCG